AUGGCAAAUGGAGCGUCGGCGCCCCUACCAACGCCCCAGUUUCCCACCCACAACGCACCGCGGGUGUGGCUGAUCACGUCGGGAGAUUCCCCCAUUGGGAUUUCUGUCUCGCGACAGGUUCUGGAUCAUGGCGACUACGUCGUGUCUGGUAUCAUUCAUUCCGAGUUCGAGAGCGACAGUCCCCGGAGCCAGCAGUACAAACGGUUCCUCAGCGAAGUCGCAGGCGAACAUGGAUGGAAAGACCGCAUGAAAAUCGUCCCCUUGGAUAUCAGAACGGUUUAUCAGUGUCAAGCAGCGGUUGCCGAGUCCGUGCAUGCCUUCAAGAAGAUUGACAUCCUGUUCUGUUGUUCGAGUGAAGCGGUGGUCGGCACGGUUGAAGAGCUCGCAGCAAACCAGCGAACCUCGACACUGGUGCGCGACCAGUUCGAGAAGAACUUCUUCGGCCCAAUGAAUAUCAUCAAGGCUGUCAUCCCCGAGAUGCGCUCCAAGAUGAACGGUCAUAUCAUUGUCCUCACAGGCAUCCACGGCCAUUUGGGUACCCCCGGCUUAAGCAUGUACUGUUCCGCUGGAUGGGCUCUGGAAGGGUUUUGCGACAGCAUCGCAUACGAGGUCGCGCCAUUCAACAUCAAGUUGACCAUCGUUCAAGCCAGCGUAGAGAUCGGAAUACUGACCAACAAGAUCACGUCGGCACCGCCGAUGAAAGCAUACUCGCGUGAGUUCGGUCAUACGGCCCCAAUCUUUCGAGGCAUUCUAGACGGUUUACUUAACCGACUGCCCGGGAUACGCGCCCAAUACCCACCGUCAUCAGAGCCAGAGCAAGAGAUACAGUCUCCAUCUUCCGAAGCCGAAAGGCAUAGUGGUCCCUAUCUUCUAAGCCGAAAUGAAGUGGUCAGCCUAUAUCCACCACUCAGUGAUGGCCACACAGAGACACUGCUUGCAGAGACUGUCCAUGCCCUGACAGCUAUAGGCGGACACGAGAAUCCUCCAGCAAGGCACAUUGUGGGUGUUGAGGGCGUCGCCAGCGUCAAGGAGAAACUCAAAACCGUGAGCGAAGAGUUGGAGGAAUUUGCAGAUGUUAGUGCGUCGGCCGACAUUGGCAGGCAGGGUUCCAGCGCUCGACGAGCAUCGACUCUGGUAGAUGUUGACCUCAAAGAUGUCGAAGGGGAUCUCUUUGAUGCCUCUUUGGGACUACGUCCAGCGUAG